AAUUUUUUAAGCCUUUGUAGGCCCCGCCUUUUUUGCUGCCCUUUAGGUGUUUGAACCGAACACAGUAACACACCCUAGGUCCCUAACCACAUCAUCUUCUUCUUCUUGUUCAAGUGUUCAUCACGACUGACGAGGCGACAACUACUCUUCAUCAGCAGAGUCGGCACCAACCAGCACCGUCCGCCGCACCCCCGCGAACACGCAAGCCGCCACUGGCUACCGCGCAGCCCUGCCUCCCGCCGCACCUGCAAGCCGGAAAAAAUUCCGCUACUUACUACUUAGCUAGGAGAUCACCCUGAAAAUCACAGGAACUUCUAUCUUAGCCGAUCACAAAACUGAACUACAAAAGUUCUUCUAACGAGUGUAUUGGUAAACUUAACAGCAUAAAUGCUUGAGACUACAACAUUGGACAUGGAAGGAAGAGUUGGCAGUCAAGCUCCUCAGCUGUUUGGGGUGCUGAAGGAUAUGAAAGCAGGCUUGGAUACUGUGAGGUCCAAGGUGCAGGCUUUGACUUCAAAGGUGAAAGCAAAUCAGUUUCCAACAUCAGACGGUAUCAGCUAUCUUGAAGUGAAACAUCUGUUACUUCUGAACUAUUGUCAGUCACUGGUCUAUUAUGUGCUUCGUAAGGCCAAGGGGAUGUCAAUUGACGGACACCCUGUUGUUCGUAGUCUUGUAGAAAUAAGACUCUUUCUGGAAAAGAUUCGUCCUAUUGAUAAGAAGAUGCAAUAUCAAAUUCAGAAGCUGACAAGAGUAUCUGAAACUGCAGCUGAAAAAUCAGUUUCGACUGACAAAGGAUCAAAUACAACUCAAGAGGACUUGUUGAAAUAUCGUCCCAAUCCUGAGUUGAUGACUAGCAAAAUAAAUGCAGAAGACUCGAAUGGUAUCUAUAAACCUCCAAAGCUUGCUCCAGCUAUAAUGGAUGAAGGUAAGACAUCAAGACAAGAGAGGAAUGCUCUGAGGAAGGAGAAAGAGAUGCUUCGACAGUCUAAACAAAACACAUAUGUGAAAGAGUUGAUUAAUGAUAUUGAGGGAAAACCUGAAGAGUGGAGGGAGUCUGGAGCUGAGAGUAGAGAACUUAGACAGUAUAUGGAUAAGAUGGAAAUGCGUGAUAGAAAAGAGGAGGAUCUUUUCAACCGUGCCCCUCUCACAAAAUUGGAGAAGAAGCAAAUGAAACGUCUAAAGAAGUCACAAAACGGGUUACUUGGGCUGACCGAGAGUUUUUUUGAUGAGGCGAUGGCUCUAAAUUUUGAAGAAGGUGUUUCUGAUCGAUCAAUUGACUUGGGGGGUAAAGAAAGAAAGCAGCCCAAGAAGCGUAAGAGAAGGAAUUGAUCAUCUGAAAAGAUCAUAUAUUGGGCUUGCGGACUUCACUUUUCCUUGAUCAACAGACGAUUAUUUCUCCCUUAGCAUGAGCAGAGGCUCGUUUUCGAAGUACUUUUUUUGCUGUGUCUGUAGAAUAGAAAUAGAAAGGCACUGUAAUUUUUUGUUCCGUGAGUAGUUUGACUUUUUUGCACAAUAAAUUUUCACCCCUUGAAUGUCAAGGUUUCAUCUACCCACCCAUCUAAUAUUGUACCUUUUCUGCCAAUCAUAAAUGUUGGGAUGAUGAAGUUAACUUAUGUGAGACGGUGCAGCUAAAAUGCACUCAGACCGUUGAAUUUUGCUUGUGAGAAGCGAUUUAUUUUCAGAUCAUAUAAUGCU